AUGCGACAAUUAAAGCCUCAUGAGCAGAAGCUGCUCCGUAAGGUGAACUUGUAUCAGUGGAAGAGAGAUGAUAACAACGUCCGCGAGGCAAAGAUCAUCCGGAAAUAUGGCAUCCAAGACAGAGAGGAUUACACAAGAUACAAUAAGCUGUCGGGAUUGGUCACGAAAGUUGUAGCGCAGUUGAGGAAACUGCCUGCUAGCGAUGAGGAACGUAUCAAGAUGACCGAGGUCCUUCUUGAUAAACUAUACACCAUGGGAGUAAUUCCCACCGCGUCGUCGCUGGACAAGUGCGUUGAGCUCUCAGCCUCGUCUUUCGCUCGGAGGCGGCUCUCAGUUGUUGUAACGCGGAAUCACUUUACUGAGCAAGUAGGAUUCGAUGGUAGUAUACUU